GAGACACCGCUGGCUGCACCAUGAACUUGAUCUACCCGCUGGCUGUGCCCAAGGGGCGCCGGCUCUCCUGUGAGGUGUGCGAUGCCCCGGCCGAGCGGGUGUGCACCGCCUGUACAGUCACUUAUUACUGGUAGGCCCUAGAACGUGGUGCCUGGAGCCUCUGCUUCCCCCGUCUCCUAAUGGCACUGUGCAUCAGAAGGCCGAUUGGGGCAGCAUCCAUGAGAAGAUAUGCCAGCUGCUCAUCCCUCUGCGAACUGCCAUGCCCUUCUACAACUCAGAGGAGGAACGGCAGCACGGCCUGCAGCAGCUGCAGAAGCGACAGAAGCACUUGAUUGAAUUCUGCUACACGGUGGCCCAGAAAUAUCUUUUCGAAGGAAAACAUGAAGAGGCUGUCCCCGCAGCUCUGCACUCCCUUCGCUUCCGCAUGAACGUGCACGGCCUCAACUCUGUAGAGCUCGUGCCUGCUUACCUGCUCCUGGCUGAGGCCAGCCUUGGUAUGGGCCGGAUAGUGCAGGCUGAAGAAUAUUUAUCCCAAGCCCGCUGGACAGUCCUCAAGUCAACUGACUGUAGUAAUGCCACUCACUCUUUACUGCAUCGGAACCUGGGCCUUCUCUACAUAGCCAAGGACAACCAAGAGCAAGCCCGCUACCACCUGGCUAACGAUAUUUAUUUUGCCAGUUGUGCAUUUGGGACAGAAGACAUCAGGACCUCAGGAGGAUACUUCCACCUGGCCAACAUCUUCCACGGUCUUGAGAAAUUGGAGCUGUCCGACACACUGUACACAAAGGCCUCGCAGAUCUGGCACACAUACCUGAACAACCACUAUCAAGCCCUCUCACGUGCUCGUUCCCAGCAAGCAGAUUUACUGGGCAAACGAUUUUUGAACGACACUGGCUUGGAUGAAGCUCAGGAAGCAGAAGCCAUUCGGAUCCUAACUUCCAUCCUGAGCAUUCGAGAAUCUACUUUCAGCAAAGAGCCCCAAAAAACUAUCCUUGUUCUGAAGACACUGAGCUUGCUUUACUUUCUGAUGAUGGAUAAUUCAAAGGCAAAGGACUACGCUAUGAGAGCCCUUGGCCUGGCCGAAACAUACCGUAGUGUGGAGGAGAGAAGGGUUAUUCGCAAUCUAUUGGAUCUCAUCUACUCUGACGAAGAGCAAGAAGGGCAUGCUACCACCUAGAGAUCGCCAUGCUGCUGCUGCUGCUGCUGCUGCUGCUGCUGGGGCUGUGGCCUGACAGCAGCUGUGCAGGGUCCAGUGCCGCUUCCAUCCCUCCCCAGGGGCGGCCUGAGGCACCGUGAUCCCAUUCACUUGUGAUGUAUGGAGCUUUGGGCACAGUAGUCAAUAAAGCGUUGUUUAUCAUGA